AUGACCACAGAGCAGUUUGCUCGGGUGUCCCUGGGGCGGUUGUUGAGUCAGACUGUGUGUGCGCUGGGCCGUGGUAAUAAGGCAGUGCUGACGGCUGCGGCUCCUGAAGCGGCCAAUCACAAGCGUGACUUUAGCUCCGAGCGCACACACACACUGAAAACCCGAGAGCUCAAAAACUACCUGCCACCUCCUCCUUCUCCAAACCCUCGCAGGGCUAAACACGACUGUCCAUUCUCAUCAGAGGAGCACUCCAGGGGCAGACUGAGGAAUAGAAGAAAGAGUAAGGAGGGAAAAUACAAAGUGUGA